AUGGCGGAGUCGGCUGAAAAGCUUCGCAAGGAGCUAGAGAAGGCGAGGAAGGAGCUCGAAAAAGAAAGGGCUGAAUUCGAAGAGCAUAAAAAACAAUUGUUACAUCAAAGGCAACAAUUGGCGUCGGAGAUAUCUGCACAUAAUGCAAGAGUGAGUACAGCGGCGUUACAACAUAAUUCGCAACCUCAAAACCCCUUAACUCCGAGUAACGAAAAUCAACCGGUGGUGGCUGGAAGAAUUGGCAGCUUGAAGGAGUACAAUCUUAAGGAUGAUUGGAACCAUUGGAUUGAAAGGUUUGAACAAUAUUUCUUAGCUAAUGGAAUUGCUCAGGACAAAGGAGUGGCACUCUUCCUCACUUUAAGGAAGCUCGGUCGCGUAGGGCCGGGUUCUCCAAAACCCAGUAUUAUUGCAGAACGCUAUAAAUUUAAAGAGUGUUCUCAAAAAGACUCGGAAAACAUCAUGGAGUUUUUGGCGAAUCUAAAGAAAUUGUCAACGUACUGCGAAUUUGGAAGCAAUUUGGAAUCAUAUUUGAGAGAUCAGUUCGUAUGGGGGUUGAGGAAUGAUCGAAUUAAGAAGAGGCUUCUCAGCGAGCACGACUUGUCGUACAAGAAAGCGAUAGAGUUGGCUCAGGCGAUGGAAACGGCUUCGAGGGACGUGGCUGAGAUGGGGUCAUCGUCGUCGUCAUCGUCGUCGUCGUCGUCGUCGUCGGCGUCAAACCAUGGUGAUGCAGUGCAUUUCGUCGCAAAGAAGACGUUAAACGGAGAAUUAGAGAAUUCGGUUGUUGAAAUUAAAUCUACGAAAUCAGUUGCUCCGUGGAUAGUUGAAAUUACCGUCGAAAAUUUGAGUUUGAAAUUUCACAUAGAUUCAGGGUCCGAAAUUUCGCUGGGCAGAUAUACCAAGGGAAGUUUCAAAUUAAAUCUAAAGGAAAAUGCCGAACCAGUAUUCCUUAAAGCAAGGCCUUUGCCUUAUGCGAUGAAAGAAAAAGUAGAAAAAGAGCUGAAUCGUUUGAUUAAAGAAGGAAUUUUGGAAGAAGUCGAGAGUAGCGAAUGGGCGACCCCGAUUGUUGCUGUGCCUAAAAGUAACGGUGAAAUAAGAAUCUGUGGCGAUUAUAAAGUCACGAUUAAUCCGAAAAUCAAAAUAGAUCGAUACCCCGUACCAAGAAUCCAAGAUUUGUUGGCGAGUUUGAACGGUGGUAAAGUAUUUUCGAAAAUAGAUUUGUCUCAGGCAUAUCAACAAGUAGAAUUGGACGAACAAUCGAGGUCUCUCGUUACGAUUUCGACACACAAAGCCCCAGGGUUAUUCCAGCGGGAAAUGGAAAAAAUCCUACAAGGGAUAGAGGGGGUAGUGUGUUUCUUCGAUGAUAUAAUGGUUAGCGGUCCCACAAUGGAAGUACAUAACAAGAGAUUACAGGACGUUCUCAACCGAUUAAAAGAUUGCGGCUUGACAGCAAAUAAAGAAAAAUGCGUAUUCGGUAGAGACAAAAUUCAAUUUCUCGGCUAUAUGAUAGAUAGCACGGGCAUUCAUGCGGCAAAGGAUAAAAUGGAAGCUAUUGUAAAGGCUCCUGCGCCAAAGAAUAUUACACAGUUAAGAGCAUUUCUUGGAAUGAUCAAUUAUUACUCUAAAUUUAUUAAGAAUUAUUCUCAAAUUUUAAAUCCAUUGUUCAAAUUGCUCAAAAAAGGCGUAGAGUGGCAAUGGGGUAAGGAGCAGAUAAUGGCCUUUAAUGAAGCAAAGAGGUGUUUGAUUUCAUCCGAAGUUUUGGUGCAUUAUGAUGCCAAAUUACCGAUUAAAGUUGCGUGCGAUGCGUCUCCUUGUGGUAUAGGAGCAGUAUUGUCACACGUGUACCCGGACAAACGAGAGAGGCCAGUAGCGUUUGCGUCAAGAGCGUUAACAAAAGCGGAACAAAAUUAUUCACAGCUUGAUCGUGAGGCUUUAGGCUUGGUUUUCGGUAUAAAAAAAUUCCAUCAAUACCUUUACGGUCGAGAAUUUAUUCUGGAAACAGAUCAUAAACCGCUGGUUUACAUUUUUGGAUCAAAGAAUGGGUUUCCGCAAAUGGCCGCGAGUCGAGUACAACGGUGGGCAGUGUUUCUAUCUGCUUAUCAAUUUGAAAUCAAACACAUUAAAGGUACUGAUAAUGGUCAUGCGGAUAGUCUCUCACGUAUCCCGUUACCAAUCGAUAUUAAGAAUACAAAAGAAAUUGAAGAGUUUUCGUAUUUAAAUUUUGUAAUUGACGAAGUGGAAUCGAUUGACGUGCAAAGAGUAGAAAGGGAAACGGAGAAAGAUGCGAUAUUAAGGCAGGUCAAGAAAUUUGCGUUGGAGGGAUGGCCUGAAAAAGUAAGUGACGUGCUCAGUGUUUUCAAAAAUCGAGAGCGUGAAUUGACGGUAGAGAAAGGAUGCGUAUUAUGGGGACAUCGAGUUGUGAUACCCGUAGGAAUGCGUGAAGAAUUGUUGCGCGAAUUGCAUUCGGCACAUUUGGGUGUUGUCAAAAUGAAGGCACUGGCUCGUUCAUAUAUUUGGUGGCCUAGCAUCAGUAGUGAUAUUGAGAAUGUGACGAAAACAUGUACAGCGUGUUUAAAAACAGCUGAUAAUCCACCGAGGUCGAUUUUGCACUCCUGGAAAUGGCCGAAUGGGCCAAAUCUCAGAAUCCACGCAGAUUUCUUAGGUCCUGUCGAAGGAAAAAUGUAUAUAGUAAUUAUCGACGCUUUUUCUAAGUGGUUAGAUGUAAAGGAAUUGCCAGAUAUCACGUCGGAAACCACGAUUAAAGCAUUUAAAGAGUACAUGUGUACAUGGGGAAUUCCUCUCAAAUUAAUUACCGACAAUGGGCCAAGUUUUUGCUCCGAAUUGUUUGAGAGUUUUCUGAAAACGUAUGGUAUUGAGCACAUUUGUACGGCGCCAUAUCAUCCCGCAUCUAAUGGUGCAGCGGAAAAUGCCGUCAAAAUUUUCAAAAAGAAAUUUAAAACGUUGAGAGAAGCGGGCAAUUCGAAGCAAGAGGCGCUGUGGAAGUUUUUGUUUUAUUAUAGAGCAACGCCUCACUGUACGACAGGCUGUAGCCCAGCAGAGUUGCAAAUAGGGAGAAAAUUUCGUACUAAACUCGACUUAGUCCGACCGGACGUUAGACAAUAUGUAGAAAAUAAGCAACAUAUCCAACGACGUUAUUUCCAUGGAAAUAGAAAUUUCAAAUGUGAUACUAACGAUACAGUAAUGAUGAAAAAUUAUUCAAAGAAUAGUAGUACAUGGAACACGGCAAAAGUGAUUGAUCAGUUAUCGCCUGUAACUUUUUCAGUGCAAUCAGAUGACAAGAAAAUUCAUAAACGUCAUUCUGAUCAAUUACGAAAUUGUAAUCUUGGAGAGGAGGAUAGUGUAAUCAGCGCGAGUAAAAGUGUGACACAAGGAAAUCUCAGUGCUACGAAUACAGCGGAAAAUUCAGUGGGCAUACCCGAAAAUAUUUCGGAGUCGCAAAAAGUCAAAACAGUGCAGUGUGUACCUGCGAAGGUGAAAAACGCGGAAUUACCAGUGCGUAGAUCAAACAGAGUUCCAAAACCGAAGAAAAUAUUUGAUCUUUAA